CCAUCAACCUACGACCAAUCCUUUGCUUCCGUGUAUGAAUGCAACCGUCUUCGUUGGUUCUCCAAUCCAAUCCCUUCUUGUUCCUCUUGACCCUCGAUCAUCACUCUAAAUCAUCAUCCUAGUAAGAUUAAAUGGUAGCUUAAACCUUCUCUGUCAACUCCUCUUUCCAACCAUCACCGUUGGCUAGUUCAUGUUUUACCAUUGCCUAAGGGGCGAACAUGAGGAGAGAGACGACGACGAAGAUGAUGAUGAAGAUGAUCGCGAGGAAGGAGAAUAUCUUGGACGCUCAAACUAUCGAGAAUCGGUUCAAGAUAUCAAUCAUUGCGAUGUGAUUGUCUUAAAGACUGAUAAUGGUUGGUGUUUCGAUCAGGACAUCUUCCUUCCUGCUUGGAAACGAGAUGCAUACGAAGCCGCAGGUCAAGUGGAUGAACCAAACGGCUUCGGACUACCUGAACUUGUCAGAGUUGAAGAGAUCCGCGUGGACUGAAGCAAAUCUUGUGGAACCAAAGCUUUAGAAUCGAUAGCUCACUUCCUUCAGGCUACAAAGCUCAUCCUUUGAUAUUUCUCGAUCGAAGCGAAAGUGAAGAUCUUUUUCGGCCAUUUAUGAAUGAUCAUCAAUUCAACUUCACUACUCUAAACCAAUAAUAUGCACAUCUUCAUGUUUUCCAUUUUUCAAUUCGAUUUGCUCGCAGCGCAUACGGCCCUUUUUUUCCCUACCUAUUUCAUCCCCAAUCAAUUGUCUCAACUCACAUACACCCUGCUUCCAUUACCAAUAUCUUUUUUUUAUUUUGACUGUUUUCUUUCUUUCUCAUCUAUUAUAUGAUCAUGUAUGUGUUUUAUUCUCUUGUUGAUUUUUCUUUUUUUGUAAUUGUGAUGCUCAAGAAUUGACUGAAAAAAGAUGAAAGAAACCAUUUAUAUACGAUCCU